AGUUAACGUUAUGGUUGACGUUUCUACUAUGUUGGUUUGCACUACGAGGCGAUCCGGUUUAUACGCAAGAAACUGAAUCAGACAUAGAAAGCUUGUUCACAGAAAAGGAAAAUAUUGGCUUCACCGAACAAAAGGCUACUCCUCAUUUGGCAUUAAUUCAUCAGACACAGACCAUUAUUCAUGACAUUGUAGAGCUAAAUACGUUGGUGACAAGACCUGCAAUUGCACCAGCCACCCCUUGGGAUGACACACAAGUAAUAUCAACUGUCUCAGGGGGAGAUGCAGAGUCUUCCAUAGAACAUCAAAUAAUAACUGCUAAACAAAUCCCUGACGUGGAAAUACCUAUUUCUAACAUUGAUGAUUCUAAAUCAGCUGGUGAAAACCAAAAGGAGAUAGAGGUGGGCAGUUCUAGUAAUGCUGCUGAUAAAGACAUUGCAGUGGAAAUUGCAGGAAACAAGGAUAACAUUUCAGAAACAUCCUCCAGAAAAGCCAGUGAUAAAGAUGGUGGAGAACUGGAAAAAGUUGAAGAUAGGGAGGAGCAAAGGCAGAUUCCAGAAGGAGUUGAGAAUGUUGAACUCUCUGAAAAUCAACAGUUCAGUCUUAAUAAGGAAGAAGCAAUCUCAUCAAAUAAGAAGGACAUUUUAGAUGAGAUGCCUCGGGCCAGUGAAUUACCAACACAUCAACUUGACAGCAAAAGCCAGACUUUACAAGUUGACGAGGAUUUACCGGGAACACAAGAUGGUCUUGAGGCCACACAAGAGGAUCUUGAGAAUUCACAAGAUGCACUUGGGGCUGCCCAGGAGGAUAUGCCUUCCUUUAAUGAAUGGAGUCAAAAGUUUCUUGCCCAGGAAGAGGAGAAGAAAGUUCAACUAAACAAUGAGAAAGGAACGUCAGACCCUGGUAUUCCACAGAAGAAAAAGACUAUAGAACGCAAACAAAACAACUACGCCUCCGUGGAUUGUGGGGCUAACAUCCCCGAGAAGAACUCUGAGGCCCAAAAUGCACAUUCCAUUCUCCUGGAAAACAAAGAUUUGUACAUGUUAAACCCAUGUAGCGCCAACAUUUGGUUUAUUGUUGAGCUUUGUGAUCAUGUCCAAGUCACGUCCUUACAGCUUGCAAAUUUUGAGAUGUUUUCCUCAACCACCAAAGAAUUCCAAGUAUCGUUCAGCACAAGAUACCCUACGAGGGAGUGGAGUCAACUGCAGACAUUUGAGGCCAAGCCUGAGAAAUCCAUCCAGACUUUCACAAUAGAUCCUAUUUUUGCAAAGUACAUCAAGAUUGAACAGUUAACUCACCAUGGUUCAGAAUAUUAUUGUCCUUGGAGCUUACUUCGUGUCUAUGGCAACAGCAUGGUAGAGGAGUACGAAGAACAUGAAUCAUCUCACGACGAGAACACUAACGUCGACGAAGAUCUCAAUACUUCAUCUAAUACUACUGAAAAUAAAAACCAGGCCAAAGGCAUUCUAAAGAGUGCCACUGAUGCUGUACUGAACUUCGUUUUGAACUUCGUGAAGACAGUUAAGAAGCUUGUUAAAACAGAGGAACAAAACAACUCCACUGAAAAUGCAACCACGUAUUCUGAAGACAACUCCAGUCAACCCCUUCAACCAAAGACUGUCGUACAACUUAUGCCUCGAGAAGACUUCGAGGCAAGUUGCCAUGGAGACAGUGAUGACGCACCUAACCCACCGUGUUUGCCUGGAGACGAAUGCGUUUCAACGGAGUACUUACCUUAUUCGUAUCAGGCUUUUCUAGAAAUCGUGCAUAACGUAUGCGGCCGAAAUUUUAGGCGUGCCAAGGCAUGUUUCGCUAACUUCAGUAAAAGUUUAGUGGGGAAUGUGACGAACCAGGAAGCGAGUCGGAAAAAUCUCACUAAAGAAAUUGAGAUAGAUGUUGGCAGUAAAGACAAAGAAGUGGAAGCACAUCAGGAUGAAUUGGAAGAUAGCAAAAUGGGUAGUGAAGUAAACGAAAAAGUUGAAACCAUUGAGGAGCAGAAAGACGCUGUUCUUCUAAAUGAAGAUCACAGACAAACUGAGUUACCAGACCCCAGUUUAAUCGAACAAGAUUUUUCACCUUUAUCCGAAGGGCAAUGUGAGAUGAAAAAUGCUACAGUUUCCAGGAAUCCGGAGGAUUUUAGUUCACCAAACCUUGAUCCCGGUCCCACAAUUAACGCCGAAGCAGUCACGACUCAGGCUGGUAAUGGAAAUACAUAUGGGAAAAAAGAAUCGAUAUUUGUUACAUUGAGCAGAAAGAUUAAAGCUUUGGAGCAGAAUGUUACGAUGACGAAUUUGUUCUUGGAAGAACUCAGUCAAAGAUACCGAAAGUCGAUGGGUGAAAUGCAAAAGAAAAUGGAAAAGAAGUUUUCCAUGUUGUCAAAAAACUCCAAGUUUCUUACCAAAGUGAAUUUAGAACAAAAUUCCACUAUCCUUGCUCUGACAAGCAGAGUUAAAGAACUGGAAGAGAAGUUAAAUGAGGCCAUUUCAAGAUCAAAAGUCGUAAACCAGGAAGUUCCUCGUAUCCCUAUGAUGCAAUUUAUUCAUACUAUAGAACUUGCGACAAAAUUUCAGUUUUCGAACUCAACAGGACUACGGUGUAAGCGGUAGCCACUAUGUCAGAGGCUUGCUUGCUUGCUUGCUUGCUUGCUUGCUUGCUUGCUUGCUUGCUUGCUUGCUUGCUUGCUUGCUUGCUUGCUUGCUUGCUUGCUUUCUUGAAUGCUUGUCUUAGACGAUGACGUCACACUCAGCACUACGUCACACAACUGAUGUACGUCACAGACACUCUGCAGUUUUCGAAUGCAGUUUGCAAUCAAAUAUGCAAUUCAAAUGCAAAUUAUUUUAGUAUCAACACAGCUUUUCUAUACGUACGUUGUUUUGCUUACAUUUUUGAGCUGUUUGAACUUUGCACGUCUUACUCAAAUAUAAUAAUCAAUAUUUAAACGACACAUAUGGUCUUCUAGUGUGAAAACAGCUACAGUAUUUAGAGAACACCUGCAGACCGCCGACAGCAGGCGAUUUGUUUGUCUAUAGACGAUUCGUUCGUCUUCUGAUGUGAAAACGGCU